GCAAAAUUGCAGAAACUUCUUUUUCUUCUUCCACCUUCACAAUUCCCCAAAUCACAAAACCCUUAAAAUCCCACCUCCAAAAAUGAACUCCACUCUCUCAAUCUCCGCGCCUUUAUUGCCGCCGCCGCUCUCCGCCCAGAGCUCCGUCGCGACCCGCAUUCUCCGCUCAGCUCCUAUCCUUUUCUCAAACAAGAAGAAUUUCACUAUCAAAGCCUCCUCCACCUCCGCCGCCGGCUCCUCAAUCAACCCCACCCCUCCCACCCCGCCAAACCCCUUCAUUCCCCACCUAAAGGCCGCCGUCUGCGCCGUCGUAUUCGCCGCCGCGACAUUCUCAAAGUUCCCCGGCCCUGCAGGGGCGGAGCUCCCGAGGCAGUCAGAAACCCUAACUGUAACAAUAGGCCGUGAGGAUAUCCAACAGGAAGACGACAGCGCUCAGAAUUCGCACCUGACGCAGCUGCUGGAAUCCAGCCCCGAAGCGAUCGACGCGCUGAAGAAGCUGGUGAAGGAGAAGCUCGACGCCGGCGAGGACGGCGAGAGCCUCUCGAUUCUACGGAAGCUCUCCGCCGCGCAGCCGGAUAAUCCGGAUUGGAAGUUCAUGAUCGCGCGGCUCCUGAGCGAGAUGGGGAGAAUCGAAGAGGCGCGCGACGCGUUCGAGGAGAUCCUAUCGCGAAAUCCGCUCUGCUUCGAGGCGCUCUUCGAGAACGCGCUGCUGAUGGAUCGGUCCGGGGAGAGGGAGGAGGUGAUGCGGCGGCUGCAGGAGGCGCUGGGGGUGGCGGAGAGCGAGAUGAAGGCGAAGGAGGCGCGCGACGUGAGGCUGAUCAUGGCGCAGAUGCAGUUCCUCCACAAGGAUGUGGAGGAGGCGCUGCGGAGCUACGACGAGCUGGCCAUGGAGGAUCCCUCCGAUUUCCGCCCCUAUUUCUGCAAAGGUAUGAUUUACAGUUUGAUGGAUAAGAACGCGGAGGCGAAGCAGCAAUUCGCCAAGUAUAAAGAGCUUUCCCCCAAAAAAUUCGAAGUGGAAGGCUAUCUGCGGACGCCAUUGUCGAGAAUGAAGCUUUUUGGAACGGAUGAGGAGAAUUGAGAUUUUCUUGAUUUUGGGCAUACAAAUUUAUUUCAUUUUCAUAUAAAAGAUGAGAUUUUUGCCAUACGAAUUCUGAUGUUUCUAACAUUAGUCCACAAAUAAAUUCAAUAGUAGUAUUAUUUUGAUUUUGAGAUGAGAGGCAAUGAAUGUAAUAGGUGUAAUGUUGCACUUAUUAAAGAAUCGAGAGUAUUUAAUUUC